CCGUUUCAAAAUGGCGGCUGAACUGCGUGCAUUCCAUAUGUAGGUUCACUUUAGCUGAAAAAAAGAUGUCUGUGGACGCAAGAUUACCAAAGAAAAGGAAAAGGAUAUCAGCUUUAGCUGGGUUUGAGCCAAGGCAUAUUGUCUCCCCUGGAGAUGUCAUAACAGAAGACACUGGAUACAUGAGGGGCCAUGGUACUUAUGUCGAUGGUGACAAACUGAUAGCUUCAGUUGCUGGGGUAGUUGAGAGAGUGAACAAAUUGAUCUGUGUACGACCAUUUAAAACAAGGUACAAUGGAGAAGUGGGGGACGUUGUUGUUGGUAGAAUUACAGAGGUUGGACAGAAGAGAUGGAAAGUGGAAACCUUUUCAAGGCUGGACUCUGUUUUGCUUCUUUCCUCAGUAAAUUUGCCUGGUGGUGAACUGAGGAGACGAUCUGCUGAGGAUGAAUUGAUGAUGCGUCAUUUCCUUGCAGAGGGUGACCUGAUUAGUGCAGAAGUGCAGUCAGUCUAUAGUGAUGGCUCACUUUCAUUACACACUCGCAGUCUCAAAUAUGGAAAGCUCAAAGAGGGCAGUCUUGUUCAAGUGCCACCUUCUUUAGUAAAACGCUGUAAGACUCAUUUUCUCAACCUUCCUUGUGGGGCCACUGUUAUCCUGGGUAACAAUGGCUAUGUUUGGAUUAGUCCUUUGGACAAUGAAGAUGCUACACUCGCAGACGGCCAGACUGAAAGGCUAGCAAAUGAUGAUACAGCAACUAAAGAGAUUCAAGACUCAGAUCGUGAGAUAAUAGCCCGACUUCGUAACUGUGUGGUAACACUUACAGAUCAUGGCGUGAUGUUAUUCAACACUUCAUUGCAAUAUGCUUAUGACGCCUCUUUGAAGCACUCGGUAAAAGAAUUGCUGAAACCUGAAAUCCAAGAAGAAAUUGCUGACACUGUUCGUCAACGCCUAAUACAAGAACUGUAAAUCAUUAUCUUUAUUCUAAGUUUAAAUAUAAACCACAGUACACAGUAUAGAGUCCUAAAGUGAUGACGUCACAAAAAUAAAAUUUUUGAAAUUAUGGGAUAUGAUGUCAUAUUCUUA